UAUUCAUUUUACACACGUGUACACCGCUUAGAUACCCGCAUUAUAUUCUACACACAUCAUUCACUCGACGUUCAAUCAGCUGAUCGUAUGUGCCUGUUAAAUUCUGUGAAUAUCUGAGUUUGAAGGAAUUUUGUUCAAUUGGUUCAAUAAUUCAUCGUUUUUUAAACCUGAGAAAUAAGAAAGACAAUCACAAUGAGGAAGCUUCUUUUGUGUAUGUGCUUGGUGGCGCUCUCUGCGUCUCUCACCUUUGCUGCUGAAGACGAGGAAGAUACCAAGAAGGAUAUUGGAACUGUCAUUGGAAUUGACUUGGGCACAACCUACUCUUGUGUGGGUGUGUUCAAGAAUGGUCGCGUAGAGAUCAUCGCCAAUGACCAAGGAAACCGAAUCACGCCCUCGUACGUCGCUUUCACCAGCGACGGUGAGCGUCUUAUCGGUGAUGCUGCCAAGAACCAGCUGACGAGCAACCCAGAGAACACUGUCUUUGAUGCCAAGAGGUUGAUCGGAAGGACUUGGGAUGAUCCAGCCGUCAAGCACGAUCUCAAGUAUUUCCCUUUCAAGGUUGAGAACAAGAACAGCAAGCCCCAUGUACGUGUCAACGUCGGUGCAGAUUCCAAGAUCUUUGCUGCCGAGGAGAUCAGCGCUAUGGUACUCGUCAAGAUGAAGGAAACUGCCGAGGCUUACUUGGGUAAGAAGGUAACCCAUGCCGUUGUGACUGUCCCUGCUUACUUCAACGAUGCUCAGCGCCAGGCCACCAAGGAUGCCGGUGUCAUUGCUGGUCUCAACGUCAUGAGGAUCAUCAACGAACCUACUGCUGCCGCCAUUGCUUAUGGUAUGGACAAGAAAGAAGGAGAAAAGAACAUUCUUGUUUUCGAUCUUGGCGGUGGUACCUUUGACGUUUCUCUCCUGACCAUCGAUAAUGGAGUAUUUGAAGUCAUCUCGACCAACGGAGAUACCCAUCUUGGUGGUGAAGACUUUGACCAGCGUGUGAUGGAACAUUUCAUCAAGCUUUACAAGAAGAAGAAGGGCAAGGAUGUGAGGAAGGACAACAGGGCCGUACAGAAGCUUCGUCGUGAGGUGGAGAAGGCCAAGAGGGCGCUCAGCUCGCAGCAUCAGACCCGUAUCGAGAUUGAAUCCUUCUUUGAUGGCGAAGACUUCUCAGAGACUCUCACUCGUGCCCGAUUUGAGGAAUUGAACAUGGAUCUUUUCCGUUCCACCAUGAAGCCUGUGCAGCGUGUCAUGGAUGACGCCGGCAUCAAGAAGGAGGAGCUCGACGAGAUCGUUCUCGUCGGUGGUUCCACCCGUAUCCCUAAGAUCCAGCAGCUCGUCAAGGACUUCUUCAACAAGAAGGAACCGUCCCGUGGAAUCAACCCCGAUGAGGCCGUUGCCUAUGGUGCUGCCGUCCAAGGGGGUGUUCUCAGCGGAGAGGCAGAGACAAGUGACCUUGUUCUUCUUGAUGUCAACCCCCUGACCAUGGGUAUCGAGACUGUCGGAGGCGUCAUGACCAAGCUCAUUGGAAGGAACACCGUCGUACCCACCAAGAAAUCACAGAUCUUCUCCACAGCUGCAGACAACCAGCCAACCGUAACCAUCCAAGUCUUUGAAGGUGAAAGAUCAAUGACAAAGGACAACCAUCUUCUUGGAAAGUUCGAUUUGAACGGCAUCCCACCAGCACCUCGUGGCGUCCCACAGAUCGAGGUCACCUUCGAGAUCGACGUCAACGGCAUCCUGAGGGUCAGCGCUGAAGACAAGGGCACAGGCAACAAAGAAAAGAUCACCAUUACCAACGAUCAGAACCGCCUUACGCCGGAGGACAUCGAGAGGAUGGUGAACGAAGCCGAGAGAUUCGCAGAGGAUGAUAAGUUGAUGAAGGAGAAGGUCGAGGCAAGGAAUGACCUCGAGAGCUACUCAUACUCGCUUAAGAACCAGGUCAACGACGAGGAAAAGCUUGGCGGUAAAUUAUCGGAAGACGAAAAGGAAACCAUUAUGAGCGCGGUUGAUGAGCAGAUUGAAUGGCUCGAUGCCAACCCCGAUGCAGAAACCGAAGACUACCAAGAGCAUAAAAAGGAGCUUGAAGCUAUUGUUCAACCUAUUGUUAGUAAAUUAUACGAAGGUGCAGGAGGGGCUCCCCCACCAGGUGGAGAAGAGGAAGGCGAUGAAGAAUAUGAGGAAGAUCACGACGAGUUAUAGAAUUGAAAAUGACUGACGUUGCGACAGCUAGUACCAUCUAAUGAACUGUUGCCGGAGUGACAUUACAAAUCGUUGUAUUGGGGACUAUCAGCUUUCCCUUCCAGAGACAAAAGAAUUGCCAACGACAAAUUUAGAAUUCAAGGACUUAGGAAUUCUGUUGCCUCUGUAAUGAUAUCAAUUUAGAAAAUUGAUGUAUUUUCUGUUUUGGUAUCAUUUCUCACAUGGCGUUACACUUCGCUUUAUAUUUUCUCCCAAAGACCAAAUCAUAAUAUUCAAAAUUUUCUGAUUUGCUGUUCACUUCAUGUUUUCUCCACAUACAGUAUGCACAUUCAUUUGUAUUUUAUUGCUAUGUCAUAGAACAAAUGCAGUGUAAAGCCAUGUGAGAUUUUUUUCUUUGUGACCUGUCAAAUUAUUUACCUUUAUUAUUAAAGGAUUGGGAAAAGGAGUAUUAAUUAAAGAUUUGUGUGGCUUAAACUUCCAAUUCCCAUUGAGUAAUGAUCAUUGUGUGAUCCUUUGUUGCGUUGUAAACAGCACCAGUUUUCUAAAUCUUCUUCCACAUAUUUGAAAACAUGAUCAAGAUAUGUUCAUGAAAAGAGAAAUGUGUAUAUUUGGAGCACAAUUAUGCAAGUACAGUUACAGCAAAUAGGUGCACUUGCUUUAAAAUUUGUUAUAAAUACUGUACUAUAAAAUACUUUAGUCGAAAAGUAUCAAAUAGGGGAAAAGAGGGGCAUUUUUGCCAUUUUAUUGGUGAUUUUUUUUUUGUCAUCUUCUCCAAUCUACAAGUGUAAUGGAAAAUAAUCUCCUAACCAUUUAGAGAGCAGUCCUGCUGAGCAACCUUGAUUCCUUCGUCUUUUGUGUCACUAUUUUCUCUAUUUCACUUCUAUAAUCUUCAUGUUAUAUUUGUGCCUAAAUUAAUUUAUUCCAAGGGAAAGGGGCGGGGAAAGGUACAGUAGUAAAAACAAGUGAUACAUUAAAAUUAGUGUACUUGUGUAUCGUCCAAAGACCAAUUAUAAUAAUUGUCAUUUAUUUUGAUUAAUAUUGUUUCUUCAAAUUGUGCAUGCAGUGGUAAUCGGGCCAGUCUUUCCUGUUCAUCCAUGCCAUAUCUUUUAAGUAGAGUCUAUAGAAUAGUAAGAGAAAAGUCUUUGUCUUCUUAAGUUAUGUUAUAGUUAAAAUAGAGAUGUUUAAAUUUGAUGGCAUAUUUGUGUUUCUCUUGUUAUCAUAUUGUGUAAACACAAUGUACUUGUGAUAUUUUUACUAUGGUUUUCUUGGAAGUUUUCUUGUUUCAUGUGUUGCACAAUAUGAACAUUUUCUAUGUCUGGGAAUAAAUUCAUACUUGAGAAUAUGAAAUGUUACAAAUGAA